AUGACACCAGCCCCUGCACCUAGCACAAAUGUAGUCCAAGCUCCAGCUCAAGUUACAGCUCCAGCUGCAGGGCAGCCCUGCCAGCCCUGCUGGCCAGGCACCCAGUACCAACCUUCCCAGUACCAACCUUCCCAGUACCAACCUUCCCAGUAUCAGCCUCCUCAGUACCAGCCUCCUCAGUACCAGCCUCCUCAGUACCAGCCUCCGCAGUAUCAGCCUCCCCAGCAACCAGCUCCAGUUCAAGCUCAAGUCCCUGCUCAAAUUCCAGCUCCAACUCCUGUUUCAGUCCCAGUCCCAGCACCUGCUCCUGCUACCAGCAUCCGCCCAAAUGUACCAGGAUGGCCUGCCCACCCUGGCUGGCCCUAUAACCCAGGACAGUCAGGAUGGCCUGGGCAGAGUCCAUCUGCCAUGCCUCCACACUGGCUUCCACCCACAUCUGGACCUCUUAGUGUGCCAUACAACUUGAACCUGGCCCGAGGGAUCUAUGACAAGAUGAUGAUGACCAUCUUGGGCCAUGUCAAACCCAAUGCAAAAAUGUUCACAGUGAACUUUCUGAGAGGCAACGACAUCGCCUUUCACAUCAACCCCCGCUUCAGUGAGGGGGGCAAACAGGCGUUGGUCCGUAACCACAAACUGGCUGAGCGCUGGGGACCAGAGGAGAGGGACCUGAAGGGACCCUUCCCCUUCGCUCAAGGGAGCCCAUUUGAGAUGAAGAUCCUGUGUACUCAAGAGACGUUCAGGGUGGCAGUGAACAACAUCCCACUGUUUGAGUUCCGACACCGAAUCCGAGAGCUCAACCAGAUUGACAGAAUCAACAUCCUGCAUGAUGUCGUCCUCACCUGCGUCAAUGUGGAGACACUUCCAUAGGAAGCA